ACUUGGUUUUCAUAUAAUACAGGUUAUGGUUUGAAAUGUGAGUCAAAAUAAUCACUGCUGGAAUACUAUUCUGUGGCCGCUGAAGGAUUUGUGUUUACAGCUUUUUGAAAACGAGAGGAAAGGCAGACCACAUUUGCCAUGCCAUUGGAUUUGUUUGCGAUAUUCUGCGUGAUUACCACGAUUUACGCACUGGAAGAGACAGUGAUGGAUACGCGGACGGCUACAGCAGAACUGGGUUGGAUAGCGUAUCCUGCUUCUGGGUGGGAAGAGGUGAGUGGAUAUGAUGAGAACCUCAACACUAUCAGGACCUACCAGGUGUGCAACGUGUUCGAGCCCAGUCAGAACAACUGGCUCCUUACCACCUUCAUCGACAGACGAGGGGCUCAGCGUGUCUAUGUGGAGAUGCGUUUCACAGUCCGUGACUGCAGCUCCAUCCCCAGUGUCCCUGGCUCUUGUAAGGAGACAUUCAACCUCUAUUAUUAUGAGACCGACUCUGUCAUCGCCACCACCAAAGGAACUGCCUUCUGGAUGGAAGCCCCUUAUCUGAAGGUAGAUACUAUAGCAGCUGACGAGAGCUUCUCCCAGGUGGACUUUGGAGGACGAUUAAUGAAGGUCAACACAGAAGUGCGGAGCUUUGGCCCCCUCUCUCGUAAUGGAUUCUACUUGGCCUUUCAGGACUAUGGGGCCUGCAUGUCACUGCUGUCCAUACGUGUCUUCCAUAAGAAGUGCCCCAGCGUGGUGCAGAACUUCGCCAUCUUCCCAGAGACUAUGACGGGUGCAGAGAGCACCUCACUGGUCAUUGCAAGAGGCACGUGCAUCGCUAACUCAGAGGAGGUGGACGUGCCCAUCAAGCUGUACUGCAACGGAGACGGAGAGUGGAUGGUUCCCAUUGGGAGUUGCACCUGCAAGGCUGGCUUCGAGUCAGACAAUGGCAACAUGUGUAGGGCCUGUCCCCAGGGGACGUUCAAGUCCACCCAGGGGCCAGCGCUGUGUCUGCAGUGUCCCCCAAACAGCCGCUCCACUGUGGAGGCUGCCACCCUCUGCACAUGCCGCAACGGGUACUACAGGGGAGACAUGGACCCGCCUGAGGCGUCCUGCACCAGUGUCCCUUCUGGUCCCAGAAAUGUCAUCUCCAUCGUCAAUGAGACCUCUGUGAUCCUGGAGUGGCAUCCGCCACGGGAGACUGGCGCUCGUGAUGAUGUCACCUACAACAUUGUCUGCAGAAAGUGCCAUGCGGACUGGCCAUCAUGCUCCAGCUGUGAUGACAAUGUGGAGUAUGUUCCCAGGCAGCAAGGUCUGACGGAGACAACGGUGUUCAUCAGUAAUCUAUGGGCCCACACACCUUAUGCCUUUGAGAUUCACGCUAUCAAUGGAGUAACCAACAAGAGCCCUUACCCGGCCCAACAUGUGUCCAUCAACAUCACCACCAACCAGGCUGCUCCAUCGAUGGUUCCCAUCAUGCACCAGGUCGGCUCUACCAUGAAGAGCUUCACAUUGUCAUGGCCACAGCCUGAGCAGCCCAAUGGAAUAAUCCUAGACUAUGAACUGAGGUAUUACGAAAAGGACCAUACUGUGUUAAAUUCGACGAAGAUGAGGAGUCAGACCAACACUGCGCAUGUUGAGGGCCUGAGGCCGGGCAUCAUGUAUGUUGUCCAGGUCCGUGCCAGGACGGUGGCAGGAUUUGGCAAAUACAGCAACGAGCAGUGCUUCCAAACCCUGACAGAUGCUGAGUAUAAGUCAGAACUUAGGGAGCAGCUCCCUUUGAUUGCAGGCUCAGCGGCUGCAGGGGUCGUCUUCCUGGUUUCCUUGGUGGCCAUCUCAGUCGUCUGCAGCAGGAAGAGAGCAUAUAUGAAGGAGACUAUAUACAGCGACAAACUGCAGCAUUACAGUACAGGCAGAGAACUCACUAUGCGACCGGACAUGUCAAACUGCCCCUCCCCUAUGGGAUGCCCCAACCACUUCUCUGGGUCGCCAGGGAUGAAGAUCUACAUUGAUCCCUUUACCUAUGAGGACCCCAAUGAAGCUGUCAGAGAGUUUGCCAAGGAGAUAGACGUGUCCUGUGUGAAGAUUGAGGAAGUCAUUGGUGCAGGUGAAUUUGGUGAGGUGUAUAAAGGCCGUCUGAAGCCGACUGGGAAGAGGGAGCUGUAUGUGGCGAUUAAAACUUUGAAAGCAGGCUAUGUAGAGAAGCAAAGACGGGACUUCUUGUCCGAGGCCAGCAUCAUGGGUCAGUUUGAUCACCCCAACAUCAUCAGACUGGAGGGUGUGGUCACCAAGAGCCGGCCAGUCAUGAUCAUUACAGAGUUUAUGGAGAAUGGGGCACUGGACUCCUUCCUGAGGCAAAAUGAUGGCCAGUUUACGGUAAUCCAGCUGGUGGGGAUGAUGCGUGGCAUUGCCGCUGGCAUGAUGUACCUGGCAGAGAUGAACUAUGUCCACAGAGACCUGGCUGCUCGUAACAUCCUGGUCAACAGCAACCUGGUGUGUAAAGUGUCUGACUUUGGACUGUCCCGCUACCUUCAGGAUGACACAUCAGACCCCACCUAUACCAGCUCCCUGGGAGGGAAGAUCCCAGUGAGGUGGACGGCCCCUGAGGCCAUUGCCUACAGGAAGUUUACCUCGGCCAGCGAUGUGUGGAGCUACGGCAUCGUCAUGUGGGAAGUAAUGUCGUUCGGCGAGAGGCCAUACUGGGAUAUGAGCAACCAAGACGUGAUAAAUGCUAUAGAGCAGGACUACCGGCUGCCCCCUCCCAUGGACUGCCCCACUGCUCUACACCAACUGAUGCUGGACUGCUGGCAGAAAGACAGAAACACCCGGCCCAAAUUCAAUGACAUCGUCAACACACUGGACAAGAUGAUCCGCAACCCUACCAGCCUCAAAGCUGUAGCCAGUAUCACUGCAGUGCCUUCUCAGCCCCUGCUAGAUCAUUCCAUUCCAGACUUCACCACAUUUACCUCUGUGGAAGACUGGCUAGGUGCCAUCAAGAUGAGCCAGUAUAGAGACACUUUUCUGGGCUCUGGCUUCACCUCUUUACCACUGGUCGCUCAGAUCACCUCAGAAGAUCUUUUGAGGAUAGGCGUGACCCUGGCCGGCCACCAGAAGAAGAUUCUGAGCAGUGUCCAGUCUGUGAGGGACCAAAUGGCCCAAUCCCCCACCUCCAUUGCCUGACUCUAGGAGGCGCUACCACCUCUGCCACCACAACCAUCCAUACACAGCACACUAGGGAAAACUAGAAGAAACACUGAAGACCAUAAAGUGUACAUUAUUGUGGAGAUACUAACCUUGAUCUAAGGAAUGACUGUGUGGCACAUUUAUAACGACAUGCGCACCCCCAAUGCACAGUCUCAGAGGAACAAAAGGAAUACAUCUGUUGUCUACUGAAGAUACAAAGGGAUAGUUGGGAGGAUUCUGCCUCAGUACACCUUCCCUGGUUCAAUUAUACUUUAUUAUUUAGUGAGGAAGAGAGCAAGCAGACAACCAAGGGUGAAUAGAAAAUAAAAACCUUUGCUACUUUAUGACGAUCAAUGGGAUGACUUAACCAAAGAACAGUAUCAAACGGUGUCACCCAGAACAGAAAAUAAACACACACACACACAUAUAUAUGUAUAUAAAUAAAAUCAAAACAUAUACAUUAAUUACUUCCUUAUUUAAUAAAUGAAUCUUCAUAUUGAAGAUGAUUUGUAAAUACUAUAUGGAUAUUAUUUUUCUUCUUGCAUUUUUGGCAACAACGCAACUAGUUUCACCUAAAUAGUUUAGGAUUCUAGUACUCAUGCAGUAUUAUUUUCCAUGGAAGCACCUGUAAAUUUAUCUCAUGAAGAGGCAGAUCCAAAAAUCGACAUGACAGAUUUUGUAUAAAGGAUGCACUGUUUAUAUAUAAAUAUAUGUCAUCACUUUGUAAUGUUUUAGUAUUUUAGAAACCACAUUGACAUUGGAACCAUUUUAUUUUAGCAGGGAAAUCCCAUUGAGACCGAGGCCUUUUUUUCACGCAACCCUGCAUGUACAGAAAUUAUACAACAUUUGACACUUUUACAAAUACAACGUAAUAAAAACCCAAUACUUACAAACCAUUUAAGAAAUGCAAUCAUUUUCCUCAACAAAGAGAUCAACAACUGCCCUAAAAGUAACCCAGCAUUUACAUUUAGAGAGAUCUGUACAUUUUCAGGGAAAGCAGAUUUAUCUCAUUUCUUAAUGAUCAAUGAGAGUAAGCUCUCUUGUGAUGGGGUCUGAUAACAUGUACAGUGUCUGCCUAAACAAUAUUGUAAGGUGUGGCUCUAGAGGGCUUUAUAAACAGAAAGCAGUGCAUUUAUCUAUAAGAUUUCUGUCAGGAUUCAGUGGGAUUGUGGGUUACAGGUGUUGUUGUUAGCAAUUCAUCAUUGAGUCGACAUUCAGUAUGUAGUGUUCAACGUAAAUAGGAGCCCCACAAACAUAGCCUUGAAAAGCUGCUAUACUAAUAACCCAUGAUUAGAUGGGAUCCUUGGAUUAUGACAGAAAAAUACUAUUUUCUCAUGUAGGAUGCAAUGAUGUGUUCUGAACCUGUUGCCCAGAAUAAAAUAAUUUGUGCUAUCGUAAACUGCAUUUAAUGGUUUCAGUCUAUUGGCAGUUGCAUUCAAAUACUGUAGAUAAUCAUGGUAGUAAAAAAUUACUGAAUUAUCCAUAGGCCAUAUUUAUUCUCAUCUUCUUUUAACACAUAAUUGUGUUUUUUUUCUCAUAAACUUGUCGAUCCAGAUGCCCAUAUCCUACAGUGCAGUCCACUGAACUAUUUGAAGAAAAAUAAUUUUGGUUUUGGCUCCGUAAUCCAGUACAUAGGAUUUGAAAUGAAACAAUGACAAUGGGGUUAAAGUGCAAACUGUCAGCUUAAAUAUGAGGGUAUUCACAUUCAUAAAUCGUGAACUGGGUAGGAAUUACUGACCUUUCCAUAAAUAGUCCCUAUCUUUUAUCGGGGACCACAAGUAGUUGGACACAGCCGUCAUAUUUAGUACUUGCAUCCUUUGCAUUUGAUGACUGCCUGAAGUCUGCGAGUUAUAGACAUCACUAAACGCAGCGUACCUUCCAUAGUGAUGCUCUGCCAUGCCAGUACUGCAGCCAUCCUCAAUUCCAGUUUGUUUCAAUGUUAUUUUCCUGCUGCUAGGUGAAAUGCGGUCCAAUGGCUUUUCAGGCAUUUGUUUGUAUCUGUGCAGACAUUUCAGAAUUCAUCCUACAGCUACUUUCAUAAUUGACAUCAUCAAUGAAGGCAUGAGCGAGAUCCAGACAGCCAAACAUGACCAAAACAUAACACACUCAUUUUAAUGUGUCUAAUCUGUCCACAAUACUUUUUCCCAGAACACUGCAGUUUUUUGUUUUUUAGGACAUAUUUUAAGGAUAACUAGUGUUUAUGCACCUUGCACACAUUCAUGCCUACCUCCUGUAGAGUACAGUAUUCCUGAUUUGACAGCGAGUUCUUUGGUUUUGUUUUUCAUUAUGGUGAUCAUUCAUUCGCUAUCCACUGUAGAUGUCUUCUUUGGUCUACCAAAACAGGCUUUAAAUGUGCCCUUCGAGACAAAACAAUGGUACUACAUUGGCCAGCUGAUUAGCUUGCUUAUGGAAGUUUGUGUUGCACUAGCUAUAAUGGUGAGCUUAUCUGUCGUCACUCAUGAAUUAGCUGGCUUAGGCUUAAAAAUAGGAUGUCAUUUAAAAUAAAAUUUACAUAGUGUCAAAUGUCAGAUAAAUAAUUCCUUCCGGUACUAAAAUCAUUGGCUAGAUGGACAUUUGUGGAACUAACUGAAAACCUCAAAAGGAAUCAUAGAUUUCUUAUGUUAAUGUGUUGCUUGGUAACACAAACCUUCAUGGGAAAAGCUGUCAACGGAAUAGGGGUGUGCUGUACGCGACCUACUCAGAUCCGUAAUUGUGUCCAUUUGUCACAAAUGAUCCCAUUUGUAAUCGGAUGUACAUCCCAGAAGCGCGUUUCAAUUGAUAGUAAUGCCUAUAACUCAUCUGCGUGUUAUUGCUCCAUCACUCAGAGCGCAUAUCCGUGCGAUUCUAAUGUUCCUGUAGCCACUCAAACAUGUUGAUAGUUAAAGAAUGAUCCUGACAGCUCAAAUGGCCAAUGCACAUUGCUUAUAUUUAUAACCCUCACAUUAAUAAAACGUUGAUAAAUGCAUGGCUGCUGGUCUAUAGUAGGCUGUGUACAUUUCUUGAUUUACAUUUGUAGAAUAGUCAUUUAGUUUUACAUUUGUUAUGUUGCCUUGUAAAUAAAAUGUUGUUCAGAAAACAUUCUGGGAUAAAUAGGCUAUAAUAGAAUGUAUUAGUUCACAUCAUAACUAAUUAUUAAAUAGACUCUUCAGCAACAGAACCGGCCACUAAACAACAUAAAAUAGACAAUGUAACCGCUAAAAUGUGGUACAACCCAGCGCAAUUAUAAAACAAAGAACUUCUCUGCAGUUUGAACAGCAUACCAAUUGCGUUGUCAGCAUGCAAAACACUAAGGGCUCACCAAAAAUAUGCUGGUGAUGCCCCUGUUAUUUCUUACUAGGACUAUAAAUGAGCUACUUUAAUUUACUUGUGUUUUUGCCUGUAAUUUUCCUGUAAAUCUUACUAAUACGCAGACAAUCAUCUACAGUAUAUGACAAAAAGUAUGCGGACACCCAUACUUAUUACAGCCACUCGUAUGGCUCACAGGUGCAUAAAAUCCAGCUCAUAGCCAUGAAAUCUCCAUAGACAAACAUUGCCAGUGCAAUGGGUCGUACUGAAGAGCUCAGUGACUUUAAACGUGACACAGUCACAGGAUGCCAGCUUGCCCACAAGUCAGUUUGUGAAAUGUCUGUUCUACUAGAUCUGCCCAGGUCAACUGUUAGGGCUGUAAUUGUGAAGUGGAAGCAUCUAGGAGCAAGAACAGCCCAACACAACAGACCACUCACAGAGUGUAAAAAUCGCCUAUCAUCCGUUGCAUUAAUCAGCACAGAGUUCCAAACUGCCUCCGAAAGCAAUGUCAGCACAAGAACUGUGUGUCGGGAGUUUCACAAAAUGGGUUUCCAUGGCUGAGCAGCUGUAAGUAAGCCUCACAUCAACAUGUGCAAUGCCAAGUGUAGGCUGGAGGGGUGUAAAUCACGCCGCCUCUGGACUCUCGAGCAGUGGAAAACAUGUUCUCUGGAGUGAUGAAUCACGCUUCACUAUCUGGCAUUCUGAUGGACGAAUCUGUGAGUGGCAGAUGCCAGGAGAACGCUACAUAUUGGAAUGCACAGUGCUUACUGUAAAGUUUCUUUGAGGAGGGAUAAUGGUCUGGGGCUGUGUUUCAGAGUUUGGGCUAGGCCCCUUAGUUCCAGCGAAGGGUCACCUAAAUGCUAUUGAAUACUAGACAUUUUAGACAAUUGAGUGCUUCCAACUUUGUGGCAACAGUUCAGGGAAAGCCCUUUCAUAUUCCAGCAUUACUCUGCCCCUGUUCACCAAGCGGGGGCCGGAUAGACAUGGUUCGAGGUUGAUGUGGAGGAAUUCGAGUGGCUAAUGCUUUUUUAAGAGUUUGGGCCCAAAUUCCUAGAGAGACACUCUAAAAUCUUGUGGAAAGCCUUCCCAGAAGAGUGGCAGCAAUUAGAGCUGCAAAGGGGGGGCCAACUCCAUAUAAAUGGCCAUGGUUUUGGAAUGGGAUGUCCAACAAGCUCCUAUAGGUGUGAUGGUCAGGUGUCCACAUACUGGUGUGUAUGUCAUAAAAUGUAUAGAAAUAUAGUACAUAUACUAUUUGUGUUUGGUAAAAUGGAAUUUGUGUUAAAGAAAGUCCCAACAAGAUGAAAUGAUACCACUUUCUUUUAUUUAGCUGUGCACAAUAGCCUGGGGAUGAUGUUACCUGGCUCAUGGCUGGCUUAGGCAUCGUGGAUGGUGAAGGUAGUGUUUCAGACACUUACUAUGACUCGGUGGAUUACUUGUUUAACUCCUGGCAAUUUUAUUUUGCAAAACUUUAGCUUAAGUUAUGCCACCGAAUAAUUAAAAGGUCAAGUCAUGCCAUAAUUCUGUUACUGCAGCUUUGCCAAGGAAAGCCAUUCUAUUUGGAGUGCAGGUAGAAAACAGAACAGUUUUGUGUUGUGUUGACCAUACAGUAUUUAUACUAGGCUAUAUGAGGAAAGUUAAGGAAUGUCUACAAACUGUUAUUAACAAGAUACUUUUUACGGAGAGAAUGGGCAACUGACUUCCCAUUGGUUGAGGUAAUACUAACCAUUGCAGAUGCUCGUCGUUCAUUUCCUACUCGCCUUACCUCCUCUCUCCUUUGUUAAUUAAGUUAAUAUUAGGAAAUCUGCUGAUAAUGAUGUGUGGUGAAGAUGGAAGCGGUUGAAACAGUUAAUGUGUAGCUGUGUUCUAGCAGAGAGCUAGACCCUGACCCUGAAGACAAUAUAUUUUUCAGCUAAUUUAACACCUGAUUUACUGAUAGAGUAGUUGAUGUUAAAAGGCUUCUUACCCAGAAAGUCGUCUGUGGACCAGGACACACAAUUAUCCACAUGAAUUCCCCUGUGUGAUAAUUUUUUUUGACAUACCCUGGUAACUGGUUAUCUUCGACUGGUUAAAGUUAGAGCCUUGGUUUGGCAUAGUUAUACAAAACAAUUACAAUUAUUCAAUUUUAGUGUUCUACCACCUUUCUGUGGAUUUGUCAACAGCAGUGGCUGAGUGAAGGAUUUGUUCUGGAUUUGGGUGUAUUCUUCUAAUUAGACAUCUGUUAAUUCUGUUGGGCAACAUUGCUUUCCAUAUUAACACAUUCAUUUUUAUAAUAACAGUGCAGUAUUUGGACAGAAGCCUUCAUAUUCACUCAACUGACUUGGGGGAAUAGACUGGUGGAAAAAGUUUUUCUCACACCAAAAACAAAGCUGUGAGGAAAAUGGGUACUUGCAUAAAGGUAUGAGUCUGGUAUUGUGAGGUCUCCUAUCUGUGUUCUGCAUUUAAAGUGCCUUUGUCUAAAUUUGUUUUGUUAUUAAGGUCUAAAAGCGAAUGCAAACACUCCCAGUUUAUUUAGGAAAACUUCUUAAAGGUGGAACUUCUUAUUCCUUCAAUAAUCAUCAAAUUAACUUUCCCUGUUAAUUGUGCCACCUUAAAAGGGACAGAGAAGCUUACCAGCUGGGUUACCAACUGAGAGUGAUUGAUCUGCUUGUACAGUAUAACAUACUAGCUCAAAUCUUAACUCUGUCUUUCACUCACAUGCUUAUCUGUAUUCCAGCUACUUCAAAUAACUUAACACCCAGGAUAUUGCCAUGUUUGUCACUUUGUGCUUUGAUGUGAGAAGGUUUAUCUCUUUCUGUUUUCCAAAACAAUUAUUAUGUAUCUACAUUUGAAAAACUUGGUAUAUCCAGAUCAUCAAUGCAAGAAGACAUUUUAGAUGAAGAUACAUUUCCUUUCCUGAUAUUUUUUAAGUAUGAUAUUUCCAAACUGCCCUUUCUACUUUAAAAGACACGUCACCAGAGGUUGUGUUCUCCAGCUUUUCUGUACUGAGCCUGAACAACCACAAUAUCACCGCAUGUUGAAGAACCCACCCAUCCAUAACACUGUAAAUCAGUGUUUUUCAACCCUGCUCCUGGAGGCCCCCUGCCCUGCAUGUUUUAGAUC